CUUACUCCAGCCUAUAUAAGGUUAAAAUUGUUGUGUUCCUGAACAAGCGCUAUUCCAAGUCCAGCGACGUUUUAUCUUAAUUCUACCCAGGAACUUGAAGCACGCGUUUCCAGCUUGGUGGUCUGUUGCUUAGGGAGGACACAAAAUGUCAAAGUUAUUUCGUCCAUCCUUAGCAUUUAUACUUAUAUCUUUGACGUGUCUUCAAGGGUUCGGUCUCUAUUUUUUCCUGAAAGGCUUCUUGCUGACUCGACAAACGCUCGACAUUCAAGCCACUCAUAACGAUGUAUGGGAACAAUUUCCACUGUUUCCUGAUGACUCCAACAGCAGCAAUGACAACAAUAGACGAGUAGCCGACCAUCCAUCCACUAUUCCGGCAAAACCAUCGUUCGAUCGCGUAAUUGUAAUCGUCAUUGAUGCUCUUCGAUUUGACUUUCUGACACCGAUGCCCGGAAAAGAGCAAUAUUAUCUUAAUCGUCUGCCAAUCAUUGACAAGCUUCACCGCAGUAGCCCGUCGUCCUCGCUACUAUACCAGUUUCGCGCCGAUCCGCCGACAACAACAAUGCAACGAGUCAAAGGGCUAAUGACUGGAUCACUACCUACGUUUAUCGACGCCGGUGCUAAUUUUGCCUCAUCAGCCGUUAACGAGGAUAAUCUUUUGCGACACGUACGCCAACGCUUCAAUAGCAUUUUUUUCAUGGGCGAUGACACAUGGGUCAACUUAUUCCCCGAAGUAUUUGACGACCGGAACAGGACAUUCGAGAGCGACAGUUUCAAAAUGUUCGAUCUUCACACAGUCGACAACCGUAUUCUCUCUCAUUUGUGGCCUAUCAUGACAGAUCAGCCAGAUUGGCAGGUGGCUAUUGCGCACUUUUUAGGCGUCGACCAUUGCGGUCACACCUACGGCCCUUCACAUCCGAAUAUGGCCAGCAAAUUGUCGCAAAUGAAUGACGUGAUUGAACGGCUUGUAGAAUAUGUUGACAAGGAUACGCUACUUGUUGUCAUGGGUGAUCAUGGGAUGUCAGUUGAAGGCGAUCACGGUGGUGAAAGCGUGGAGGAGCUGAUGAGCGGGUUGUUUCUGUAUUCCGAGCGGCCGCUCACGUUGAGCGACCCGUAUUAUCAAGACCUUUUCCGUCGAAUCCACCGCUCAAGAACGGAAAAGCUUGGUUAUUCUAUUCAGGAUAUUGUCGAACGACUAGGAUACGAUGCUACAGAACAUCCGAUUGCAUCACAAAUUCAUCUAGUGCCAACGUUGGCAUAUUUGCUUGGUGUGCCUAUACCAUUCGGCAACCUUGGUGCUAUUCUUCCGGAUGUCUUGAUACCCGACACCCAGUCAGUUUUGCCAGCAACAAAAAGUCAAGUACUGCUUCACAUGGCACAACAGCUCCGACGAAAUGCACUUCAAGUUCACAAAUAUCUCGAAACGUACUGGCAUCAUACACAACACCCUGGAUUUGCCCCAGCCUCACUUUCACCUAUCUAUCAACACCUGUGGAGCGCCGAACGGAUGUUCACCAACAUACAUGGUGACAAUAUCGACUUGAUCGAGCAGAUUUUAUUCGAGUAUGACGCAUUUCUUAUGAGCACGAUCAAGUACUGCGAUGCCAUUUGGGCACAAUUUGACGUUGGAUCUAUGGUUGUCGGCAUAGUCAUAUUGGCGAUGACAUCUUGUGCAACCCUAUUCGUGACGUUUUUGCACAGACCAACGAUUUCCGUACAACACACGGCCAUCAUUUGGUUCACCACACUUACAGUCGGAUUGGUCGGAAUGCUUGCGUUCCAGAGUGCUCAGGUUCAUGGCUGGUUUGAAAAAAUGGAAAUAGGUGAUGGCUUGGUUGCGGCAAACUGCAUUGCUCUUGCUGUAUUGUUCCUGAUCAUGUCAAACAGGCCUAGUACAACAACCAAUCAGCAUAUGGCGGUCUCUUUGGAUUGGAUAUCUCUGGUGGUUGGUGCCUUGAUUCAUGCAUUCACUCUGGCAUCCAACAGCUUUGUCAUUUGGGAAGACCGAGGAACACGGUUUAUCGCUGCUACAUUAUGCACCCCAUGGCUUCUCCGUUCCUUACCCAGCACUGCUACUCCAGUAACCGCAUUCAAAACGACUCUAUCAGCACCUAUCCUUGUUUUGGUGUGGAUCAGAUUGACUGGCCUGACCGGGCAAUGCCGUGAAGAACAGUUCCCACACUGCAGCUACAUUCAUAACGGGUACCUCAAAUUUGGAGACGAUUCAGGCGCAAUGCUGUGUUACAUCUUGGUCAACGCUGUCUUAAUCGCCUAUAUCUUGCCGCGAUUUUUUAUUCAGCAUGUAAACCGGCCUACAAUAUCUGGAUUCUUAUAUUGCUUCUCGCUUCUUGUUGUUUUCGUACGGCAAGUGGCUGAUAUAUAUCAAAACUCUCCCGAGGGGCCAGAAGUACAGCUGUCACCGGCCGCUAUUACAACGCUCAUCAAAGCACUGGAUGUCUAUGCACCACGUGCUGUGUACGCGUUUACCUCCUCCACCACAAUAUACGCACUCAUGACAUUCAAAUCAAAUCGCAAAUCGUGUAGUUGGUUGCUGUUGACCAUGUGGAGUGUGAUGCUGGCUAUGCUCCAGCGACCCCUGGGAAGCACCAUAAUCCUGAGUGUGCCUCCGCUGAUCGACCUUUUGACGCGCCACCAACAUCCUUCGACGAUCUAUACCCGGCUUGCCUUGCUCUAUGUGAUUGGACAACAUCUGUUUUUUGUCACCGCGCAUCAAGCCACCUUCACAUCGCUACCUUGGAAAGCAGCAUUUAUUGGAUUCGACGAUAUGAACUACUAUGGAGGUGCGACCCUGGUUGCCCUAUCUACGCUGUCUGGUCACAUUGUUACCUGGUUGAGCUGGCUGGUACUGCUUUCAGAAAGUCCGUUGACAUUGGUUAGACGGCAGUUGUCAAUAUAUCUUCUAUUGACGCUGCAAUCCAUACCAACGUUUCUGUCGGCCAUAUUUGUGCUUAUCCUGCGGCGGCAUUUGAUGACAUGGAAGAUUUUCGCACCACGGUUUAUGCUCCAAGGACUACUCGGUAUGGGCGCAUCAUUAGCAGCGAUCACAUGCGAACGGCUGCUACGUUAAUAUAGUAAGAAGAGUGAGGGAGAGAGAAAAGAGUACAACAUACUUUUUAGACAAGAUCAUAAUAUAGUAGUUAUAAUAUUGUUAAAAAAAUUCCGAUGCGUUCCUGUUCUGAUAUGCAUAUGUUCGGGU